AUGGGCAUCAUUGUCUUCUCUUCUCUUUCUUGUACUGCAUUGACUCCAGACACUGAGCAGCAACAAACUUCUUUGGCCAAUCUUGCAUUAGAGGAUUCAACAGAGAAGAUUUCAACUGAAGCAGCUCCUCCAGUUCCUAAUGCAGCAGGAACAGAGAGUGAUGUCAACAACACUGAACAGAAGAGAGCAAGGCGACCUGUUGAGACAACUCCAGGCGCCUCAGAUGAUGGUGACUCUGCCCUGGAAGGCACGUCUCAAGCAUUACACAAAAACACUGAUGGGAAGGAGAGAGUGCACAGCAGGAGGGAAGUGCGCACACAUUCAGGAAAGAAGAGAGCAAGGCGACCUGUUGAGACCACUCCAGGCGCCUCAGAUGAUGUUGACUCUGCCCUGGAAGGCACACGGCCCCUUGCGUGGGAAAAGGAUCCCAGGAGAAAACAAAAACGGCCGUGGUCACCAACGGAGAUUGCUGCAGUAAUGCUCAGGGUUUUCAGGGUCCACAUAGCCAAAGAGAGUCUAGCCACAAUAAAAGAGUGCAAACUGUGCAAGAUUGCUGAGCAUCCUGCUCUAGCUAAACGAUCUGAACAAAAUUUAAGAGAUUUUGUAAGGAAUCGGGGUAUUGUUGCAAAGAAGUCAUUCAAAGACAUUCGCCCAGUGUUUUAAAUGUUUUUUUUAAAAAAAAUGUUUUUACUUUUUACUGUUUAAUGAUUUUUUAAAACUUUGUACUGUUUUAUGACUUUUUAUGUUCUAUGAACCCAGUGUUCAUGAAGGGUUUGAAUGCAUUCAUAAAGUCUGUCAUUACUGUUCAUAAUUGUUUAUACAUAAAUAAUACAUAAAUAAUAGAUAGGUGUGUCCUUUUGUGUAUCCAUGUCCAGUCUAUUCAUGUUUGACCUUCUAAUACACCUAUGUGACAUGUUUGAGUGUUGUAUACUAUGUCCAUCUAAUUCACCUCUGUGUCAUGGGCGUGGCUUAGCUAGCUAAUUAUCCCUGUCCUCACAA